AUGGGAGGAGCAGGCAGCCUGGCAGCCUCCCUUUUGGCUGAAUCGCCCACCAUUCAAGCCCAGCAGCAGCGGGCCAACACGCAACCACAACCCGCCAACCUGGCAUCACAGCCAUCGGGGGGGCAACAACGACAGAGCGAACAGGACCCCUCUGCUCCCAGACAAGCAGACCACUCCAUACCGUCAGCCCCAGCAGACUCGCAACCAGAAGGCAACGCGGCAUCCUGGUCCGACGAUACAUGGGUACAAGCAGCAGAACCCGCAGCGGCCGCAGCAACUGCCAAGCAGCAGAGUGCGACAGCCGACACAUUAAAACAAACAGAGCCUGCAGCCAAGGAGGAGAACACCACCACCAAGCAGCAGCAGAUGGCCGACCAACCCCACACAGCCACCACGCAGGGGGACGGCGAAGCUAAAGCAGCUGAAGAACCGUCCUUCGCGGGAGAGCUGCCUCCCCCCAUCUUCUUCUCUACAGCCACAGGGAGCAGCCAAGAAUACAGACCCCUCACCCAUGGAUGCUGGGAACUUCGCAUCGAGGGGGCCACCAACCCGGCAACCACAACAGCAACAGUCCGAGUCGGACAGAGUGGCCCCUUGGAAUCCGCCCCACCAUUCCCCUCGGGCAUGAUAGGACGGGUGGCACCCAUGCCCCAGCCAGGCCAAUGGCUGCUAAUUGUGACAUACGUGCCAGACCUCGACACGUGUGAACCACACAGCCUCCUCGUAGCAGAAGGGGAUCAGUUCAUGGCUCACCAGACAGACAGAGGAUGGAGACUCUCAGUGGAAAAGCUCGUCCCCUCCACAGCGAGAGAGCAACGACAGGACCCCGGAGCAGCAGCCCAGCCAAGCCAAUCGGGGAACAACCCCCCAGAAGCAGCAACCACAGCAGCCACCCCCCAAGGGGGGGAUGACGAGGAGAACAGUGAAGAGGCUGAGGACGAUGACGACCGGGACGGCAGACCCCCCCGGCUCCCCUUGUCAGAGCAGGCGGAGGCACAAAUGACGCAGCUGGGGGACGGGAAAUGGCAGAUUGAGAUAGUUCGCGACAAAGGCAGUGGCAGACCGACAACACCGUCCGGUCUCCCCAAAACUGUCAUCGAAGGCGACGGAGGACCCGUGAGUCGAGCCCCAGCGCUUCCCAUCGGAACGGUGGGAACUUUCGAAAUUCUCACACAGGAGAUGUGGUUGCUGGACAUCUCGGAAGCACCAGAUCACAAGUCGUACGAAGCCGACACCAUGCUCCUAACGCCCCUGGACCUGUCAUGCGUCUCCGCCAGCGGCGACGCAACCUGCUCGCAGCAGAGCGAAGAGCGCAUGCAGAAAGCAGCAACGAAGCAGCAGGGCAAGUUGACACCCCAGCAGCAGAAGCCGCAGAGCGAGAGGGAGCCAGUGAUCAUUCCCUACGCCAUGGUAGCGCCCCACGUGGAAGCCCUGAUCUGCUGGUUCGGAACCUUGGAACAGGGGGAUGUGGAAGUCCAUAUUCAGCUGCCUCCGAUCCUUACACCCUUGCGAGAAAUCCUUUGCGAUAUUCUGGAGGGCAGACCAGGGGGACCAGAAAUGUGGGCCAAACUGGUGGCUGUGGCGGAAGCCCUGGAAGCCCUACUCAUGGGGAACACCCUGGCUCACCCCGCCGACGUGGUCAUGCUCAGCGAAGGGGGGACCAACAGCACUCUACUGCGCGAAGAGGUAACCCCGGAAUGGUACAGAGCAGUGGAAACCUUGCGGGGGAUGCUACGUGAUGUCAAAAAGUGGCCGCCGCGAGUCCUGCCCACCGUCCAAGAGGCAGCCAUGAACCUGGUGCGGGGGAUUGCAGCACAAACCCCAGAGGAGACCAUGGCAGGAUACGAAAUUCUGGUCAGAAUGGCGCGGGUCCCAGGCCUCACGUGGCGGCAGGGAGGUAUGCUCGCUUUCGCAGAGUUUGGCGGUCGGAGUAGGAAGGUGGUGGAUUGUGCCGCCUCGGUUCCUGACAAGCAGAAGACAGACAGGAUCGGCUCGGCUGAGGAUCGGGCACCAAUCCGAGUCGUCAUGGAUCUGCCUAGCAUGAGUGAGCUUCCUCGGUCGUACCCGCCGCCGCUCAUCGGCCGCGAGAAGCCGAGAUCUGUACCAGGACUUCCAUCUGGAUACUCGGUGCCCCUUGAAGCCUUCACCAUAGAGGAUGGGCAGCUCCUCUUGGAGCGACAGCGUGUGUUCAACGAGGGGCACAUCGAUCCUCGCUACCAGUGGCUGCAGGACAUCAUCUCCAGCUAUAGGCAGUCGAAGGAUGAAGAGGAUGACUCUGGAGGUGCAAAUGCAACCUCCGUGGUGCCACAGCCGAAGCAAAAGGCCACUUCGGUGCGCGGCUUCAUGUCGUGGCUAAGUGGUGCCGUGGGUGUACCUGAGCAGACACAGGCGUUGCCUCCUUUGACAUCCUACGCAGGUAGCGAGCAGCCUCCUGCUGGGCGGAACUCGGCUGGACAAGCGAUUGCCCACGAGGGAUUGGUCAGCCCUUACAACAGUCGAAAGGUGGCAUCUGGGCCCUUUCGUCCUCGUGAAGCGGAAGAGAAGCUGAAUCACAUUGAGGUACAGAGUGCUGCCGAAGGCAACCCACUCGAUGCCCAGCUGCAGGAGCUUCUCUCCAGGACUAGCGUCGUGGCAUGUCCGCACCUCAUCGAGCUUGAGGCCAUGCAGGAUAGCUAUGACGUCAAUCUCUCGGCUGUC